UAUUAUUGAUUUAGGAUUAUGUAAACCUAUAAACAAUUCACAAGAUUCUGGUAAUGAUGAUGAUGAAAUUUAUGGAGUUUUACCUUAUAUGGCUCCUGAAAUAUUAAGAAACAAACCCUAUACUUCAGCAAGUGAUAUUUAUAGUCUUUCAAUGAUAAUGUGGGAAUUUACAUCAGGUAUUCCCCCAUUUAAAUAUGAAGCACAUGAUUAUGACCUUACCUUGAAUAUUUGUAAAGGGGAACGUCCUGAAAUUAUAAAAAAUACUCCAAAAUGUUAUAUAGAUUUAAUGAAAAAAUGUUGGGAUUCAAAUCCCUCAAAUAGACCAACCAUAGGAAUGCUUGAAAAUAUUGUAUCUGGAUGGAUUAGAUGUAAUAAUGAAUAUUAUGCAAUAAACAGGGAUGGAGAUUAUAACUUUGUAGUACAUAAUAUUGAUAAUCAAUUAAAAGAUGAUAUGCUUGAAUUUGUAGAAGCAAACAAAACUUUAGCACAAGAACAAGCAAAUACUUCUAUUAUGCAAUCUCAUCCACAAGCAUAUUAUACAAGUCGCAAAUUUACUAAAUUUACUGAAAUUUUAGCUCAAGAAAAGUCCAAAUUCAUAGUUCAGGAAAUCGUUCAAGAAAAGUCUGAGUGUUUUGAAUGUAUGGUUGUAGAUUAAAUUUUAUGUGAUUACAAUUUUAAAAUAAAAUAAAUAUUAUUAAAUACAA